CGAGUCGCGGCGGCGGCGGCGAAUUUCUACCACCGAAUAGUUUAGAUUUCUAGCCACUCCCAGAUUUGCCAACACUCUCGUUCUCAUGCUCUUUUGGAUCUGAAAAAACAAGGCGAGGGUUUGAAAGAGAAGGUCUCGAGUUUGAGGGUUCUAGGAUGGAAGAAUCAAUCUCAGAUGAUGAGGAAGUGACACUACUGGAGGAUCUUAAGGAGAAGUUGGAAGAUGGCAUGGAGCAGCCACCAGAUUGGCUCCCAGAUGGCUGGAUCAUGGAGGUCAGACGUGAUGAUAAUGGCGCCCUCUACAAGUAUUUCAUAUCUCCAGUCACGGGGGUCAAGUUCAGGUUGAAGGAACAGGUCUUGGACUACCUUUUCUCCGAGAUGGAGGAACACUACAUCGAAUCUAAUGAUUGUGUUGCUUGUAGCACGCCUCAUGCACACGAAUGGCUUCCGGAUGGAUGGUUGGUAGAGGUCAGAGCAGGGGGAGAAAAGAUGGAGAAGAUGUACAAGUUUUAUCUUUUCUCACCAUUGGAAGUACGAGUAUUUUCUAAAGAGGAUGUACUACUCUAUACUAAGGAAAAGAAAAUAUUCAAAUGUGAUACAGAUGGGCAAUGUGACACAGACUCUCAAGAUAAUAUUCUAGCAACAGUGGAGUUCAACCCACAUGGGCUGCCACAAGGAUGGGUCAAAGAGGUCGUAUACAGAAAAUCCGAGGAAAGAAUAAGGAAAGACUCGUACUUCACGGAUCCUGUUAGCCACAAAGUAUUCAGGUCAUUGAAUUAUGCAACUCACUACAUUAAUACCGGGGAAGUUAAAAAACAUGCACUUGUUCAGAGGGCAAGCGUGCAUGAAGUGUACAAUUUUGAGAAGUCUGCUGAUAUGCAUGAGAUUUUCCGCAAAAAACCGAGAAAGAAUGUGAAGGCUCGCAAAACACUUGAAAGUUCGUUGAAGCCCAGAAGAUCAUCAACAAGGAAGAAGAAAAAUUGCAAUGAACAUACUUCAUAUAGAUGUGUUGCACAUAUUUCUUUCUUUAGGUUCGUGCAUACUGUUACAUGA